UGUGUCUGAUGAACGGGGGUCACCCAGGAUUCCCUUGAAACUGCUCUUUAGGAAAAAGAAAUAAAAAAAAAUAAAAACAUGUGGCUAGAUGUCAUUCUCACCCUGCUGACUGGAUAUGAUCAGCUCGCUGCUGCUUUACAGUAGCCUCCUCGAUUUUGCUUUUGAAAUUUUUUCGUUUAUCUUUUUUAGGAAAAUGCCGAAACGGGAAAGAAAAGUGAAGCAGACUCUGGGGAACAGGAAUCAGAAAUACCAACGGUGAAAUAAUCUUUUAACGAUUUUUGUUUUGCAUUUUUAAAAUCAUUUUAGUGCUUAAAUACAAGAGCAGUACAAGAAUAGCGUUAAUCGAUUCAUGUGAUUAGAUUUGAAAAUGAGCGUGUGGGUACUGUUAAAGCCUAAAACACCGCGGACAUGCAGAGCGUAGCUCAACAAGCUAUUAAGCAAAAGUUUUUGUUCCGUUUUUAUCAAAUAGCAUUCGGUGUUUGCUCCAUGUCUUUCUUACAUUACGCUGCCACAGGCUAUGCAUUGAAACCAAAGGCAAUUUAGUCAGUCUUGGUUCAACACGCCCAGUCUAAGAUCUUGCUCCUAUUUUCAGCAUUAUUGGAGACAUCAUAAACGAGAGGAGUGGUGAACUUUGCGGAGGUUUGUCUUCUUUUUUUUUUUGCCACCCCCAUUUUCAUCUGUUUUAUAUUUUCUCUAAAAUAUCGAGGACAGUAGCCAGCGGUCGGUCAAAACUCCGGAGAGCGAGGCUAUAUGAAGAUCGCGACACAGUUGCUGCUCUUCCCUCGCAGAAAUGCCAGUGCGUGCUGUGACCACCAGGUUCAUGUACAAGGGACUUUGCACUAUCCCAGAUGUCCUCUCCUACCGGACUCCUAUUAAUCUGCCUGAGGACGAGGUGGAAGAGAUUCGUGAGGCUUUUAAAGUAUUUGACAGGGAUGGGAAUGGUUUUAUCUCAAAGCAGGAGCUGGGGAUGGCCAUGCGUUCACUGGGCUACAUGCCCAAUGAGGUUGAGCUGGAGGUUAUCAUCCAAAGACUUGACAUGGAUGGUGAUGGACAGGUUGGCUUUGAAGAGUUUGUCACAUUGCUUGGUCCUAAACUCUCUGCUGCUGGAAUGCCUGAUAAGUUUCACGGAGCAGACUUUGAUUCUGUGUUUUGGAAGUGCGACAUGCAGAAACUGACUGUGGAUGAGCUUAAAAGACUCCUGUACGAUACUUUCCGUGACCACCUCACUAUGAAAGACAUUGAGAACAUCAUUAUGACUGAGGAGAACCACCUGAACAGCCCAGAGUCUCAUGUGGACAUUGACACAAGCCCAACACAGCAGGAAAAGCACACGUGUGUGCGUAAAAGCCUGAUUUGUGCCUUCGCAAUUGCAUUUAUCAUCAGCGUCAUGCUUAUUGCAGCAAAUCAAAUGCUCCGCAGAGGGAUGAAGUAAAUAACUUACCAGCAGGAGACAAUGAGAUCUAAGGACAGACUAUAAGAAAAAAAAAAAGAGUCAACCAAAUUUUCAUUUUUGUGCUUUUUUUCACAGCUGAUGAUGCAUCGGAGCUUGUCAGUUUAAUUGAUGCAACAAUUUCACAUGGUGGCUGUGUGUGAACACAUCAUGAGUUGGUAAAAAUGAGAAUGAACGAAAGGCAUUUAAGGGCUGAUUAAUAUCAGAAAAAGGUUUUCUAUGAAACAAGACCAGAAAACUGAAUGUAAUUCAAUAUUUAAACCCUUCAGUGAACAGCAUGUUCUGUGAGAAUAACUGUGCUGUCAGAAAACAUU